AACAGAUCCAGCCCUUUAGCUCCCCGUUUCAUCUCCUUAAUCUUCCCCAAUUCGCAGAUCCCAUUAGAGAAACAAGAGAGGGAAGGCAUCGUCUAGAGUCGGCAAUUGGAUCCAGAUCCCGUCUAGAGAAAGAAGAGAGUUCGUAGCAAUGGAGAAAAUGAGCCGCCGGUUCGUGAAUCUGAUAGUCCAGAACUCUAUCGGCUUCCGCCCUGCCUACGCCCUUCACCGCAUCAACCCCUGGAGGCUCUUCUACCCAACAACAAGACAGGCAUUAGAAUCAGCUGCGGCAUCAAUCAAACAGCAUCGAGAAUGCCCGGCUGCCUCGCGCCGCCAUAUCCUUCUACCUCCCCUGCCCUCCCCCUCCGGACAACCACUCGGGCGAGAUCAACUUCAUGUCGCUCGGCGGCAGCAGCAACGACAUCAUCUCCAUGGACAGCAGCAGCAGCAACAUCCUAGAAGGUCUCUCCUGUCUCCAUCGCGAUCCACGACAGCCUCUACCUUCUCAACGAGAUCCCUGGCCUGCAGAAUGAGGAGCAUCCCUUCGAGGCCUUCCACCACAAGAACUCGAGCGGUCUCUGCGGAGACGAUCGAUGAUAUGGGUUUCCACACAGGACGGUGUCACCUACUCGUUCGACACGACAAGCGGCAUGUGGAGCAAUGCAGGCAAGUGGCCACUCCCGUUCCAUGGCGGCGCCGAGUACGCCCCCGAGCAUGGUCUCUGGUUUGGUUUCACGUCUCACUCCCAAGGCCAGCGGUUUGCUGCCUCUGACCUCGCCGCCGCAUCCACAAUGACACCACCGGUGCUGCACAAAGCGUGGAACGAACCACUGCCCAAGCAUUGGGUCCAGGUACUGGCCCCAUACCGCCUGCCUCUGGGCUCUGGCAAGUUUUGCAUCGGUAGGGUGUUCGACGACAUGGAAGAGGAAGGCCGGACCAAGGAGAUGUUCGCCGUCUUCACAGGCGUCGAGGUUGAGUGCCGCGGCAGCAGAGGGGCGCUCAGGUUGAUCAAGCACAAGUCCAAGCGUUUCAGCGUCGGCCGCAGGAUGGUCAAAGCCAUUUUGUAAACUUGUGCUCUAGGGAUCAUAGGUCCAACUAAUAAGACAGCAGGCCAAACGUUUAGUUGGUUUGAGUUUUUGGUGGUAGGUGAAGUUGCUUUGCUUGAAUUUGUGGUGUCCUUGUUCCUGGUGUGAGAGUGAGACAGCAUCAGAUUCAGUCACCAUCCUCUUUGUUUAUGAAAUCAACCACUCCACACGCACGUAUGUGAGAGUGAGAUUAGCACUUGUAGCUGGUGCAGCUUCUGGUUUGGUUUCUGCUAGACUUGUGUGCUUGCUGCAGCGUGUGGAGUCUGCAUGUUACUUGUGGACUAGAAAAGGCGGUAGCGCACGUCAAAGGAAAAUCGCCAAUGCUGUUUACUAU